AUGAACAACUACAAACCUGAAAACGAAAAUCCCAUACUAUACAACUACAAGGAAGACGAGGAAAGCAACAACGUGCUUAACGAAGAAACAAUAAAAGAGAACUUAUAUAACUCAAGCGAUUUAUGCAACAUAAAUUAUGAAGAAGAUAAAAUAAGUGUGGACGAAAUUUAUGAUUUGCUAAAAGACAUAAAAGAUCCUGAAUAUUCAUAUACAUUAGAAAAUUUAAAAAUAAUUGAGAAGAAAAAUAUUUAUGUAAAUUUGCAAGAAAAAAAUAUUACUGUUUAUUUUACGCCUACCAUACCAAAUUGUUCCUUAGCUACUUUAAUCGGCUUAAUGAUAAGCAUAAAGUUGCAAUUCUCCUUAUCCAACAAUUUUAAGACUAAUAUAUACAUAUUCCCAGGUUCACAUAAUUCUGAGCACUCCAUAAAUAAACAGCUAAAUGACAAAGAAAGAAUCGCAGCUGCCAUUGAAAAUUCCCACUUGUUUAAUGUCAUAAAGAGUAGUAUCACGUACAACUUUCCGGUUAUUAACUUUUGA